AUGGCAAAGAAAGGAAAAUCUAGAACUACUUCUGAGGCUGCUCUUUCUUUAGGGAAACACACGGUCAGUGGACGUGUCGGCAAGAAGAAUGACAAAAAGGUCGAUCCUGGAACAACUGAAAGUAAAGCUGCCUUCAGCAAGCGUGUCGCGAAAGAAUUAAAAAAUAAUGAGCUCUUUCAAAGGCUAAACAGCGCUGGAAAACAAGCAGCAGGUGCUAGUCCUCAAGCAUCCCAAAAGAAACUAUUGAAUCGUGUUCAAGCACCUAUAGCAGCCCCUCCAGCUCUUGCCAAUGGUUCGAUUUCUAUUCGGGGUACGGCAGGACCUACCACUAUUGCAAUUGAAAACUUGGCUCCAGGAACCUCUUCAGAAGAUGUCUCUGCAACUCUUCAAAAAUUCGGCGAAAUUGCUCAAUGCCAGGUCUUCGAUACGCAGGGCAAGGUUAAGGCUACCGUUCGAUUUACUACAUUCGCGACUGCCCAGAAGGUGACACAGCAACUUGAUGGUAUUACAGCAGAUGGUCGCAAGUUAUCUUGUUAUAUAAAAAAGAAUAAGCCUAAAAAAGGAAAAAAAUAA